UAAUCUGAAAUUACCUGAGUGGGGAUUACCCCUGCGGUGGUAGUGCCCUCACCUUGGAAGGGACCAGAACUUAAGACGGUGUUAACCUAGAUCUAGCACAGCAGGGUGCAGAUAGGGAGCCGCUGCAGAAGGCGUGUCAUCCGAGCAAACUGCCUUCGCAUUAUUCAUUGCCUUCACCAUGGUACAAGAGGGCUUUUGAUGUCAGGUAGUGUUUAUUGAGCGCGAACUUUGGGCCCUCCAUACCCUGUGCCGAAACCGUCUCUCUCCUUCCUGGCGUUCCUCCUCUUCUCGGUUGGGGAGCCCAGGACGGCAGCUUGGGGGACCAGCACCGCCAACCCAGGCGGAGAAUCCGCACCGAGCGGAGGUCCGUGACUGCGGAAGUGCGCCGCGGCUCACAGACUCCCGCACUAGAGACACUUCCGCCAGCCAAGAGUCCUUCCGGGGCGGGUGUCACCAUGGCGGCGGCCUUGGCUCGGCUCGGACUCCGCUCGGUCAAGCAGGUUCGGGUUCAGUUCUGCCCCUUCGAGAAGAACGUGGAAUCGACGAGGACCUUUCUCCAGGCGGUGAGCAGCGAGAAAGUUCGCUGCACGAACCUGAACUGCUCAGUGAUUGCUGACGUGAGGCACGACGGCUCCGAGCCUUGCGUGGACGUGCUGUUCGGAGACGGCCAUCGCUUGAUUAUGCGCGGCGCUCACCUGACCGCCCAGGAAAUGCUCACUGCUUUCGCCUCCCACAUCCAGGCCAGGGCCGUGGCGGCGAGCGGGGACAAGCAGAGCGCCAGUACCGGGCGCUGACAGCACAGUAGAGACCAAUCCGGUUUUAACCUAAGACUGCUAGGGACACUUAUUUAAGAAGAACUUAAUUACUCAAAUCACUAUCUGGAGGGCCACAGAACGCCAGAAAAAGAAAAGAGGCCUGUGACUACAAACCUAACCAGUGUUUCUGGGACGGGAAAAGAUGGGAGAGGUGCGGACAAAUUUGAAUUCAUUUCAGUUUCUUACCAUCACUCACUGCUUAGCUCUUUUGAAUUUGGCUUCUCCUUCCACUAUUCAAGGUACCUCUUACUCAUUAGAAAUGCUGUUUUCUCAGUCCUCAUCUUUCCAUUUCAGUAGCAUUUGCCGUUCUUAAUUCACUCCUUGUGGAACUUCUCUUCCUCUCGGUCCCUUGUCUUCUCUUAACCAUAAAAGUCUACUACUCUCUUUUCUCUUAUUUUUGGGGCAUCCUGUCUUCUGUCAUGACUUGAACUGUCCUCUUGGGUUAAAUCCUACAUUUCUGUUUGGCUCUAAUCUUAAAUUCUGUGCUAUAUAGUCAGGGUACCUACUGCCAGUUUUCUCCAAAUUCCAGCAACACUCUUUGUCCAAAAUAAAACUGAUAAUCUUGUAUACUGUCUAUAAUGAUCCUUGAACAACAGCAGGUUUGAACUGCAGGGGUGCUCCUGUGUGCCUGUUUUUAAAAUAAAUACUACAUUUCUACGUGG